AAAACAUUUGAUUCAUUCUGGGUUUUUCUUUGUUAAAUUUCUUCCCCUCUUCUGCAACUUCCCGUUUCUCUGAAUCCCUUUCUGUUGAUCAUCUGUCUUUGAACAACAAUAUGAUUUCUGGGUUCGUUUUCAAUAGUUUCAAAAGCCAGGUGUUUUCAGAAUCGAGAUCAAGUUCUUGUUUUUUCUUCAAUAUUUUGUCUUCCCAAUAUUAAAUUUUAGUUUUACUUUUUGGUUCUGUAGAUGCAAUCAACUUAAAGGGCGAAUUUUGGUCCCUUGAAGUUUGAUCUUUUUGACUUGGAUUAAAGGGGUUUCAUAUUUUAAAGAACCUGCUUAAUUAAUCCAUUUUCUGGGUUUUCAAACCCGUUCUUAAGUAUUUAUCAAGAAACAUGUUGAUUUUAUUUUAAGUUUUUAAUAGUUUUAUCUUUUCUUUGUUUUUAUUUUAAGGUAUGACAGAUACAAUGGAUUUCUUUAAUAGCAGUAGUAGACCAUUUCAAUCAUGUUUCUAUGGUGGAGAAUUGAUGGAAGCUGUUGAACCUUUUAUGAAAUCUGCUUCUUCUUCUUCUUCUUCCCCUUCCCCUUCUUCAUCCUCUUUAUUUUACCCGCCAUUUUCAGUUCUCCAAGAGCCGGUCCUACCCGGUCCGACAAUUCCCCAGAUCCCGGCUCAGUUCAAUUUCCAAACCAUCCAACCUAGCUACCUUAAUCAAAAUCCUCAACCCACCAACCAUAUGGCUAGGUUUAUUAGCCCCAAACCGAUUCCGAUGAAACAGAUGGGUUCACCACCAAAACCGACCAAGCUUUACCGAGGUGUUAGGCAGCGUCACUGGGGGAAAUGGGUCGCCGAGAUCCGGCUACCAAAGAACCGGACCCGUCUCUGGUUAGGCACUUUCGAAACGGCCGAGGAAGCAGCGUUGGCUUACGACAAAGCUGCCUAUAAACUAAGAGGUGACUCGGCGAGACUCAACUUCCCUAAACUUCGCCACCACGGUUUUCACAUUGGUGGCGCUUUUGGUGACUACAAGCCUUUGCAGUCCUCCGUCGACGCUAAGCUUGAAGCCUUUUGUGAAAGCUUGGAACAAGACCGAAAGCAAGGGAAAAAGAAGAAAUCGUCAAAGGAAACGGCUGAGAACAAAAGCAAGGAUCAAGAAAAGACAGUGAAGUUGGAGGACUCGUCUUCUUAUUUGUCUCCGGUUCCGUCGGACAAUGAGGAGUCAUCAGAAUCUUCACCUUUAUCGGAUCUUUUGUUCUCGGAGUUCAACGAACAGUUGUGGCCUGAAAUUGGUUCUUCUUCGGAAAUGUUUAUGUUGUCCAAAUUUCCUUCGUAUGAGAUAGAUUGGGAUUCUAUUUUAAAACCAUAAUUUCUUUUCUUUUUUGUAAUUGUAUUUGUGUAAGCUUACUGCAAUGGAGUUUUUGACAGUUGCAGUGGCGGGUUAGGGUUCUUAGUAUGAUCUCCAUGGUGAUCAGCUCGUUUUUUUAGCGCUGAACCAAGGGAGAAAUUUGUUAGUUUCAAUGUUCAUAGUUAUUGUAAUUGAAUCUAUCAACGUUAUUUAUUA